AUGGAGUGCGACGAGGCCAAUUGGACGCGACGAUUGCAGCAGGAAGCACCACGAUCCGGACGGGAUCUGAACUAUGACGAUGAACGGGAUGCGCGUCUAUUAAGUGUGCGAUUGAACGUGCUAGAGCAAGUGGGUGCAGAAUAUUAUACGGUGCGUGCCAAACUGGAGCUUUUGCAGGAAGAAGAAGAGGAAAAGCAGCAGGCUGGUGCUGAGCCUGCAGUGAAAGAGGAAGCAUUGCACCACCUCGAAGAGACAAACUACCAGGCAAUGCACGACUUCGACGAUCGUUUUUGUACCCUGAAGGCUGAGCUAUUAGAGCUGCAGUUGUGCAAGGACACGUUGCAUACCAGCCACAACGACUCCGAUUCAUCGGCGCAUCGGACGUCUACGAUCUCCCGAGUAAAACUUCCAGAGAUACGGCUUCCAAAUUUCAGUGGACGAAUUCAUGAGGGGGUGACAUUCCGUGACACUUUCCGUAGUCUCAUCGAUCAGAGCGCGCAGCUGAACGAGAUCGAUAAAUUUACUUACCUGAGGGCGUCACUUUCUGGCGAAGCGCUUCAAGAGAUCAACUCGGUCGAAGUUUCUGCUGCAAACUACGAUGUGGCUUGGAAGGCGUUGCAAAAACGGUACUAG